AUGGUUCUCCAAGACUUUGGCGGGCGCAUCAGCGCCGCUGUGAGUGGGCUGAUGAGAGAGCCCAACCUGGACGAAAAAGCAUUCGAUUUGAUGAUCAAGGAGAUAUGUUCAGCAUUACUAGCAGCCGACGUCAAUGUACAGCUAGUCAAGAGAUUACGGAAAGACAUACAGACCACAGUCAACUUCAAAGAUAUACCACCCACAACGAACGCAAACACGAAGAAACGGAUGAUACAACAAGCAGUCUUCGAUCAAUUAGUACACCUGGUCGACCCUCAUACUGAACCCUAUAAGCCCAAGAAGGGCAAGUCUAAUGUUAUCAUGUUUGUUGGGCUGCAGGGUGCAGGAAAGACGACGACAUGUACAAAGCUGGCGCGGCACUACUCGACGAGAGGCUUCAAGACAUGUCUAGUUUGCGCCGAUACUUUCAGAGCAGGCGCCUAUGAUCAAUUGAAACAGAAUGCUACAAAGCUGAAGAUACCCUACUACGGCUCAUUGACACAGACAGACCCGGCCGUGAUUGCAGCUGAGGGCGUGGCACGGUUCAAGAAGGACAAGUUUGAGAUCAUCAUCGUCGAUACCUCCGGCCGGCACAAGCAAGAAGCAGAUUUGUUCGCAGAAAUGGUUCAGGUUCAGACCGCCAUCAAGCCAGACCAGACCAUAUUAGUCCUGGACGGUACGAUAGGUCAACAAGCAGAAGCUCAAUCCGCCGGCUUCAAACAAACAGCCAACUUCGGCGCCAUCAUCAUAACCAAAACAGACGGCGGCGCAUCAGGCGGUGGCGCCAUCUCAGCCGUCGCCGCAACACGUACACCGAUUAUCUUCCUCGGUACUGGCGAACACACAAUGGAUCUUGAACGCUUCGCGCCCAAACCAUUCAUCUCAAAACUCCUCGGCUACGGGGACAUGUCCGGCCUGAUCGAGCACGUCCAAUCCAUAACCCGGGACAGUGCUGCCAUGAAAGAAACCCAAAAACAUCUCGCCGAAGGUAUCUUCACCAUCCGCGAUAUGAAAGAACAGAUAUCCAACAUCAUGAAAAUGGGACCCUUGUCAAAAGUGGCCGGCAUGAUCCCCGGCCUUGGCAACAUGAUGUCCGGCAUGUCCGACCAAGACGGCCAGGACAAGCUCAAACGCAUGGUCUACAUCUUCGACAGCAUGACCGCUAAAGAGCUCGACUCGGACGGGAAGAUCCUCAUCUCACAAUCCUCCCGUAUGGUAAGGAUAGCGCGAGGGUCGGGCACCUCUGUGAAGGAGAUAGAGGAGCUGUUGACGCAGCACAAGGUUAUGGCGGGCAUAGCGAAGAACAUGGGGCAGAACAAGAAGAACAUGCAACGGGCGAAUGCGAUGAUGCAGGGUGGGAAUAAGCAGCAGCAGAUGGCGGCGAUGCAGAAGAGGAUGCAGUCCAUGGGUGGUGGGAGAGGGGGAAUGCCUGGUGGAGGGGAUAUGCAGAAGAUGAUGCAAAUGAUGCAGGGUAUGGGCGGAGGAGGGAUGCCGGACAUGAACACCAUGAUGCAGCAGAUGGGUGGCAUGUUUGGUGGUGGCGGUGGUGGUGGGAGAGGGCGUGGUCGAUCAUGA